AUGAAUGGUCUCACUGAUCUUAAUCCUUCUGAGAGCAAACCUUCGCUUUCGCAUGUUGCUCCUUUAGCAGCCGUUCUGUUUGAUGUCGAUGGAACACUCUGUGAUUCAGAUCCCAUCCACCUUAUUGCCUUCCAGGAACUUCUUCAAGAGAUUGGUUUCAACAAUGGCGUCCCAAUCGACGAGGACUUCUUCAUCAAGAACAUUGCUGGAAAACACAAUUCCGAGAUCGCUAGAGCUCUCUUCCCUGAUGAUGUUUCAAGAGGAGAGAACUUCUGCGAGGAAAAGGAAGCUCUUUUCCGCAAACUUGUUGCUGAGAAGGUAAAGCCACUUGACGGGCUUAUACAACUGGCCAAAUGGAUCGAGGAACGUGGAUUGAAACGCGCCGCGGUCACAAACGCACCAAAAGAAAACGCAGAGCUUAUAAUAUCGAAACUUGGUCUGAGUGAUUUUUUCCAGGCAGUGAUUCUUGGAUCUGAGUGUGAGUAUCCGAAGCCACACCCUGCUGCUUACUUGAAGGCUCUUGAGGUGCUCAACGUGUCAAAGGAGCACACUAUUGUGUUUGAGGAUUCGGUCUCUGGGAUCAAAGCUGGAGUUGCGGCUGGAUUGCCUGUGAUUGGACUCACUACAGGUAAUCCAGCGAGCGUGCUUAUGCAAGCGAAACCGGCUUUUCUGAUUGAGAACUACGCUGAUCCAAAACUGUUGGCUGUGUUGGAAGAGAUCGAUAACAAGAAGACUUCUCAAAAGUCUUGA